AAGAAGAAGCGUUCCCAGAAUUCAGCGCGCUUUUGACCUCUGUGACCCAAGAUGGCUGCGCCCAGGACCGCGGAGGAGACGCUUUGAGUGAGUGGAAGAUCUAGCCAGAACUUGAAUUACGAUGUCGAAGCUAUCCCGUGCUGCUACUAAAGCAGUACAAAAGGUGGACCCUGGAAAUCUGAUCCGGUCGAUCAUCCGAGCUGGGCAGGCUGUUCCUGGACCACCCUUAGGACCUAUCCUUGGGCAGAGAGGCAUCUCCAUUGGGCAAUUCUGCAAGGAUUUCAAUGAGCGCACAAAGGACAUCAAGGAAGGGAUCCCUCUGCCCACACGCAUCAUUGUACGGCCUGACCGAUCGUACGAGCUCCAGAUAAACAAGCCAACAGCCACAUAUUUUCUGCUGUCGGCGGCUGGCAUAGAAAAGGGAGCAACACAUCCUGGGCACGAGGUGGCAGGAAUGGUGACCUUGAAGCACUUGUAUGAAAUCGCCCUGGUGAAGUCUCAGGACCCAAACUUUGUGCUCCGUGACACACCGCUCGAGAAGGUCGUCCUGUCACUCAUGGGGACUGCCCGGUCGCUGGGCAUCAAGGUGGUGAAAGAACUCGAUGCAGAGGAAUAUGCUGCUUUCCUGAAGGAGCGCGAAGAGUUAUUGGCAGCUCAGGCCGAAGCAAAAGAAGCUGAACUGGCAGCUGCAAAGAAGAAAUGAGCACCACCUCCCUCCAUUUGGGCACGCUGAGAUUCAGAUCCCCAGAGUGCUUGGAGUGUGAAUGGCGCCGGCUUCUCACUUGUCCCAUCUGCUGUGCACUGGGAGCUAAGUCUGCCCAGUGACUGGUUUGGUGAUGCCUUGCUGAAGUCUGCCCAGUGACUGGUUUGGUGAUGCCUUGCUGAAGAAGACAGGGAGGAAGUCGAGAGGGCCAUGGCUUCUUGUCAGGGCUGGUCUGACACUGGAACUCCCACUGUAAUUAUUGUCGGUCCCUUUUCAGUAAAUGAUUUCUUUUAAAAAAAAAUCUCACAAUUUUCCUCUGUGUCUUCGAAUGUCUGUGCUGUCUUAUCUUUCCGAUCCCUAAAUCUUUUUAAAAGUUUUUUAACAAGACCUAUUUCCUGCUUAAUCACCAAAAACUCUUGAGUGAUUAAAACACUCUCAUUAAAAAUAAUGAAUCUAGGUUCAUUUAAAAAACACAAAUAAACUUGGAAGAUGGAAGGAAACAAGUUGACCUAGAAUUUAUCAAGAUACGAAUCAGAGCAAAAGUCUAAAACAAAUAUACAUAAUAAAAUGAAAUCACAGGCUAAAGUUAAAAAAUCUCGGCGGGCUUGCCUACACAAAAGAGUUUUUAGCAGGUGUUGAAAACAAUAUAGCAAAGGUUGCCUUCCUAAUAUCAAUUGCCAGCGAGUUCCAGGGAGCAGGUGCUGUCAUAGUGAGGAACUGAUUCCUUGCAGAUGGGGAAUGAACAUUACAUGGCACUUGCAGAAGCACCACCAGU